AGGCGGGGCGGGGAACAGAAGAACGCCCCUUCUUCCAGUCCGCUCACCUGUCAUGGGUCGAGGUGGCUAGGAGAGCUGGACCACUGUCCACGGCUUGGAUCUUUCCUUAAACCAUCCCUCUUGGCCGUGCCAAGUCCUGUGAUGCCACCAGGAAGUGACAUGAUCCUUUGGUGCAAGAGGCCACUGCAGUCGAAUGAUUGGUUGGUGACAUUCAGUCUGCUGAAGGCAGGGACCCUCGAACCCUUACAGAACAAGAGCUUAAGGCUUUCUCAAGCUGAUUUCUCCUUGAAGUCUCUGAGGGACCAGGACUCUGGCAUCUACACCUGCAUUUACUAUGAGACAACAGGCCCUCCUUGCAAGUCUGAGCCUAGUGAUGCCCUGGAGAUCUGGGUAACAGACAGCCUUCCCAAGCCCUCUCUCUCAGCCUGGCCCAACGCUGUAGUAGCAUCAAGGGGGAAUGUGACCCUUCUGUGUCGAGGGCCAUCCCGAGGAGUGGGGUUUGCUCUGUACAAGGAGGGAGACGAGACACCAGUGGCUAUCAGUGAGCCGACUCAAGAUGGAGCUGAAUUCUCUUUGAACCAUGUGAGCCUCAACCAGACUGGAAAGUAUAGAUGCUGCUAUCAUCUUGAGCCAAAACUCCAUGUCCUGGCCCUGCCCAGUGACCCCCUGGAACUUCUAAUCCAAGGGCAGCAGCAUGAAAGCAGCAGAAAAGAAAUCAAAGUCAUCUUCAUUACUACCCUCAGCUGUGCUGCCAUUCUCUUCCUCCUUCUCCUCUUGACCUUAGUUCAUCAUUGCCACAGAGUGAGCUCCCAUGGAGAGAUCUCCAGAAGACUUCCAAGGUGCUUGUGUUACCCUUGGGUUAUCUGCUUCUCUUCUAAACCUGGAGCUCCCCAAGAAGAGACCAUAUAUACUCAAGUGGCUAAACAGAGACCCUCGAGGACACCUGUUCCAGAGGCUGAAGACCCAGAGAGACUGACCUAUGCCCAGUUGAAUCUAGCAGUGCUGAAUGAACAUCAGACAGCCUCUAAGAAGGUGUCCCCCACACUCCACGUGUAUGCUACUCUCUCUGGGGAUUGAUGAACAAUCAUUUCACUUUGGUCUCUGUUCUUCCUUGGCCUCCUUUGCAAGAUCAUCCUCCAUGUUCCCCUUUCAGGUUCUGCCUGAGUCUUCUUUUCACACACACUUCUGGUGAGCUCUUCAACAGCUCAUGUUCCACUCUCAUAUCCCAUAUCCUGUCUCUCUCCUGAGCCCUCAGUCCACAUCACCAGUUGCUGAUUGCAAAUUCCAACUGGAUGUCCUAUUGGCAUCUCCACCGUAACUGUCCAAAGCAGAGCUCAAACUGGUCCCCUUUCCAAGCCCCCACAAACCCUUUCUUUUCCCAAACUUCCUUCCUUCUAUUUAAGUCACUGAGAUUCUCUUGCUCACUUGGGAUCCUAGCCUGAACAUUCUUCGUAGACCCUCUCUCUGCUUCUUUCCAGCUAUUGGCCAACUCUUCAAACCUACCCCCAUAACAUCUUACUCAUCUAGUCCAUUCUCUUUAUUCACAUGGUCACCGUCCUAUUUUAGGCCUUGAUUACCUCUUUUCUAGACUAUUAUAUUAACCUACAAAUUGAAGUUUCUGGGUCUGGCCUCUUUCCUCUAUAAUCCAUCCUCCAGAAAGUUGGGAAAUGAAUUUUCCUAAUGCCCACGUCUGACCUUGUCAUUCCUGUCCAGAAAGCUUUGGUGUCUUCCUCUUGCUGGGCUGCUAGAUGACACAGGAUAGUGGGCCAGGGCCUGGAUUCAAGAAAACUCAUUUUCAAGACUUCAAAUCUGGCCUGAGACACUUACUAGCUGUGUUGCCCCUGGGCAACUAUGUUGGUCUCAGUUUCCUCAUCUGUAAAAUGAGCUGGAGAGGGAAGCAGCAAACCACUUCCAUAUUUUUGCCAAGAAAACCCCAAAAGUGGUCAUAAGGUGUCAGAUAUGAUUGAAAACAACUCAACAGACUUGUCUUUAGAUUGAAUAUAAUCUCCCCCGUUUGGCACUGAAGACCCUUCAUAGUCUAACUCCAGUCUGCCUUUCUAGGCUCUUUGGAUGUGGCUAGCCUUUACUCUCUCUCUGUUCCAAAGAAACGGUCAGCCUGUUGUUUCUCCAACCCCAAAGUCCAUCUCCCAUCUCUGUGCCCAUCCAAAAGGACUUCUCCACCCCUCCUACAUGCUUGCAAUGGAUUCCCAACUCAGCUGUGCCUUUUAGACUCCCUCAAGUCUCAGCCUAAAUACAUCCUCCUACAAGAUACCUCUCCAGAUUCUUUGGGCCCUCCCUUGCCAUUAGUCAUGACUGAUGCCUUUCUUUAAAACACAAAACACCCCAAAAACAAGACAACCCACUGAACCUAACAAACAACAAAAAAGAAAGAUCUUUCCCUGUGCAAAACAAAGCAGAAACAGUUUGUAAAUGAAGUUGAUUCUCAAGUACAUCUUAGUUUUCCUGUGGAACCUGUAAUAAAUAAAACUUGUAGCUUUCUUUUAUUGGACGGCAAUUUUAUUUUAUUUUUAAAAUUACUGUUCUGGGAUGUUUUGUAUUUCCAGAAUUUCUUUCUGUAUCCCUCCUCUCUGUUAUUCCAGAGAAGCCAUUCCACAAUACAGAUCAGGAAGCCCUAAAGACCUACUCUAUUCUGGGAAUUGUGAGGGCAAAAGAGCCUCUGCCCUCCAGGAGCUCAUGUUCUAAGGAGGGAGGCAACAUGUUCACAAACAUACACAAAAGACGUACAUGCAGGAG